UCACCGACGACGGUCUAGGGCAUGGGCUCUGACCCCAACCGCCCCACAGGAGGCCGGCGUAUGCCUAUGCCGUCACCCGGCUCACCGGCAGCUAGCAUAAAGACGUUCAUCGCAUCUCGAUUUUCGCAACUCGAUCCUUUCUAACACGCCGUAGUCUUCGACCGCCGCGAUGGCGCCACCCAGAGCGCCACCCCCGGCGACAAAGUACUUCUGGGGCGACUCCCCGGAGCCUGACGAGCACUACGCCUCGCUGGGGCUGCGCCACACCGAGUCCUACUACCAGUCCCCCUGCGGCCGCCUCUUCACACACUCCUUCCACCCGCUCUCCGCCGCGCACGACGGCGACGUGAAGGCCGUCGUGUUCAUGACGCACGGAUACGGCUCCGACACCUCCUGGCUCUUCCAGUACAUCGCCAUCAGCUACGCGCAGUGGGGGUAUGCCGUGUACUGCGCCGACCUCCUCGGCCACGGCCGCUCCGACGGCGUCCACGGCUACCUCGGCGACAUGGAGUCCGUCGCCAGGGCGUCCAUGUCCUUCUUCCUCUCCGUCCGGAAGACCACCGCGUACGCGCCGCUCCCGGCCUUCCUCCUCGGCGAGUCCAUGGGAGGCGCCGCUACCCUGCUCAUGUACCUCCGCUCCCCGCCGGACGCCGGGUGGACGGGGAUCAUCUUCUCCGGGCCGCUGUUCCUCAUUCCGGAGAAGAUGUACCCGUCCCGCCUGCGGCUGUUCCUCUACGGCCUCCUCCUUGGGUUCGCCGACACCUGGGCCGUGCUCCCGGACAAGAGGAUGGUGGUCAAGGCGAUCCGGGACCCGGAGAAGCUCAAGGUCAUCGCGUCCAACCCGAGGCGGUAUUGCGGCGCGCCGCGGGUGGGCACCAUGCGGGAGCUGGCCCGCAUCACGGAACUGCUCCAGGAGAGCUUCGGGGAGGUGACGGUGCCGUUCCUGGCGCUGCACGGCACCGACGACGGGGUCGCCGCGCCGGAGGGGUCCAAGAUGCUGUACGAUCGCGCGCCGAGCGAGGACAAGUCGCUCAUCCUGUACGAAGGCAUGUACCACUCGCUCAUCCAGGGGGAGCCGGACGAGAGCCGCGACCGCGUGCUCGCCGACAUGCGCGCCUGGAUCGACGAGCGCGUCCGCCGCUACGGCAGCGCCGCCGUCCCCGCUCCGGCCUAGAGCACGACACAAACAAGGCGGCGACGUACUGUGUGCACAUUUUCUCCUUCUUUAUUCUCUGCUUCAUCUCGUAAAGUUCUACGGAGGUGAUGUUAUUUGUGUUCCAUUUGCCCCUAAUGAUCUGAAAAAAAGGUGAAAGAUUAAGGAUCUGAAUCUGAUAACGGCAGCAAUAUUUCCAUUA